UGGGGACAACAUUGGAUGUAACACACAACAUUGGCUCUUCCGCAAACUCAUCGGAAUCAGCGGGUAUCUCGAAACCUCUUAGUUCAGGUUACAUUAAUAAUUUCAUACACAUCCAAAUUAUUAAACAGCCUAGUUGGAGACAGAUAAAGCGAUGUUUCUGCGUAGUUUUAGAGAAAUAAAUCUCAUGUCCCGCUGCUAACACGUAGCAUCUCCAGCAACUAGUUACCGCUUGGAAGAGAAACAUCCAGUGAGAAAAACUGCCGGGGACGACCACCUGCAGGACUAAGAGGUGACAUACUGAGUCCCAGAUGCUACCAGACUACAUAAAAGAAAAUCUGCAGUGAGAAGCGAUCAGCAUGUCGUCUGAGGAGGAGACUUCUCAGACGUCCUCUUCUUCCAUGUCUCCUCCUUCCUCCUCCUCCACCACCGCCCAUUUCAUCGGUAAGAAGGAGGAGAUUGUCAAGGCCGGCCGUGUGACCAAGCUGGUGAACCGAUGCAGGGAUGUGCUGGUCCUGUACCACCAGGGGCAGCUUCAUGCAAUGGACAUGCGCUGUUACCAUGCAGGUGGUGCACUGCAGCAUGGAGACAUUGAGGAGUUUAAUGGGAGGCUGUGUAUCGUGUGUCCGUGGCACAAGUACAAGAUCACACUAGAGGAAGGGGAAGGGCUUUACCAAGCUGUGGAUGAUCCUAUGGCCAAACCCCUGAGGACUUACUGGCGCUCCAAAGGCGUCAAACAGAGGAUUCAUAAGGUCACGGAGGUCAACGGGGACGUAUAUGUAACUCUGAAUGACUCCAGCGAGGCCAUCGAGUCAGACACCUACCAGACUGAGAGAUUUAGGACUGGCUCACUCAGUGCCCAGCCUAAACCCAGGAAAUAACUGGAGACUCAAGGAUGUUUCAGGAAAACAAUCAAAAAUACUUGAAUGAUUCAGGGGUAAUUUUGGAAGGUCUUUAUCUUGGAAAAAUCUAAAUAUUUGAAAAUCAGUUUAUUUCAAAACGAGUGAAAUAAAGAAUAAAUGUUAAACUGUU